UGGUCAAUUCACACUAUCUUGUUACCUGCAUCCUCCCAGACAAUGAUUACUGGCUCUUCUGUUUUAGGCCCGCCUGUUUGAUGUUGUAAACUGUUAAUAAAAGGCUUUGCCAUGAAGGGAUCUGUGGGAGAAGGUGAUGGCUUUGCAAGCCAGCAUUUUCUCUCCACCCGGCACACGCUGACGUCACAAAAUCCCGUCUCUGUGUUGAUCAUUUUCCUUUUAAUCUUUUAAACUCACAUUUCUCUGGAUUAAAAACCCAACAUUUUUGGUGCUGAAACUCCGGGAGUCAAGAUCCAAUUGUCCAGGACCGUGCGGGACCAAGGCCAAGAAACUAUCGACAGCCGUCCACCCUUUGCCGGACAGAGCCAAUAGGUUGGUCCAGCCCUGCCCUGGACAUCCUGGUGACGACUCAAGCUGAGGACUGAUCUGCACAGAAACGGUACGCCUAAGGUUUUUUAUUAAAAGCUGGUCUGGGACCAUGUGAAAGCUAUAACUAGUUGUAGUCGCUAGAAUAUUUGACAAACAGGGUUUGUUGUGAGAGAUCUGGGAUCGGUAUUCUAUGCGUUUGGGUCUGGGACCCUCUGUGUUCAAGCUAUAACUGGUUGUAGUUGCAAGAAUAUUUGACGAAACCAAGUUUGUUUACAAGUCUGGGACCUGGGUAUUCUGUGCAUUCGAGUCUGGGACUCUAUGUUGGUUAAAAAAUAAAAAAUAUUAGGCCUUAAGUGUGUGUGACUGUGUGAAAGUGUGUGAGGAAACAAUCGAACCGCUGUGUACUGGACUAAAUUCUUUAAAAAUGGGACAAGGCAGUAGUAAGAAGGAAAUGCCAGAUGAUGUUAGAUGGAUGGUGGCGUGUUGUGGUGGUGACCCAAAGUUUGCCAGAAAGUGGAUUGAGAAGGAAGACUGGGAUGGAAAGUUGAAAGUUGAGCCGCUGACAAAGAUUCAGCAGAAGGUGGAGAUGAAGUUGGUGUAUAAAUCAAAAAGAAAACAAGCUAAAUACAGAAAAGAAUUAGAAGAGUUAAAUAAGUGGAUUAUGCAAGCAAAAAAUAGGGAAAGCCAAAUACAACAGAAGAAGGAUAGAAAGACAGCUACAAUUGCUGCUGUAAAAGUUAAAGCUGAUGAAGAAACUGUUGUAUCCCGUAUGCUUCCUCAAUAUCCUGACCAUAAUCAAAUUCAAGGGGGUGAUGGGGUUCAAGCAGUGGCAUCAGCUGUGCAGGAAGGUGGAGAUAAACCCCAUCACGGUGAAUGUGAACACAGCCAUGCCCCUGUUCCUCCUCCAGUAGCCCCACCAUCGUGUGGUGAUAUUGGAGGAGCAGGAGCAGGCCCCCUGUCCGUGUCGUCCUCUAUGGAUGGUAUGGAACUCAGUGCCUCUGACCCUUGUGAGCAUGAAUUAAGAAAAUCAGGGGGGGGUGUGAAGCUUGAUUCGAAGUGUUACAGGGAUGAUUAUCAAGUGGAGGCUUGUGGAAGGGGCCCAUCUGCCCCUAUUCAUCCAAGUUUGGCUGAAUUAAAAAAACAAGAACAGGACCAAGAUCCUGGGGAGGGAGCAUGUGCUUUGCCGGUGUUGGAGGUGGCCAACCCUCAUUGUGGUCAACGCACGGGACCCCAAGAUGGUGACCCACUGGAUUGUGGACCCACUGUUCUUGUGUGUGGGCCAUGGACAGAUGCAGAGAUGCGGACUGCCUGUCGAGGUUUACCUCCAGCCAGACAGAACCCAGUUAAAUGGUUCGAGGAUGUUAAAAAUAGAUUGAGAAAAUUCAUGGCAGAAACAGGAAAGCCAUGGGCAGAAAACGAACAAGAUGACAUUGACCCGUUAACUAAGUGGAUGCUGAAGCUUUUCAGCGACAAAACUGUUCGGAAAACAUGUAAUCUGCCUAGUGCUCCUUUUGUUUCCCCACAGGAAGGCCUGAAGCCUGGAGACCGAGUGCUGAUUAAAAUCAUCAAAAGAAAAACUUGGAAAGCUCCGAGGUGGGAAGGACCCUACAUAGUGCAACUAACAACCCCCACUGCCGUGAAAAUCCAGGAGAGAGACACUUGGAUCCACCAGAGUCAUUGUAAACUGAUUAAAAACUUUCCACAGCAAGAAGCCCAAUUACCUUCACAGGAACCCCAUAACUAAGAGCUGAUGAAGAUAAUGAUGAUGAUGAAGUUAUGUAAUCUUUUACAGGGAUAAUGGUCGCCUCCUCGGGAGGGGCUGGGUAGGAAUUUUUUCUCUAUUGGAGAGUUUUUGCCUACUCAAGGGACAGAUUAUUUUUAAAGUUUUUACAUUCUUUUUUACCUUUGUUCUUGAAUUUUCCUUUUAAUAUAGUUGUGUUUUGCAUAUUAAACUUUGAUUACUGAAUUCCCUAUCUGCAAUGCAUUCAUGAUGUAUGUAGUGAAAAUCUUUUUAGAAGUGCUAUAUGCUGAUGUUUUUAUGUAUAAGAGGAGGGAAAUGUUAGAGUGAUAACUAUCCUGUGUUUCAACCAGAAGGGUCAUAAACUUUUAUGACCUCCUGUAGGUCAUGAGGCAGAAUCACACGGAUGUGUG